UAGGACGCCACGUAGCUACACAUCAUACAGAUCCUGGACCUGCUGGAGUAGAUGAUCAGCCUGACAGGCCUCACACACACCAUCAGGGCUCCUGCGGUGCGGCUGUUUAACCCGUUUCUGGAGCUGCGGACCGGGUUUUAAAGCGGUACGAAGUGAGAACAGCAGUGCUACAAGUUCAGCGGGCAGGAAAAACAUCCAUCACCACACAGAAACCAUGAGUGAAGUGGACGAGCAACGACAUGAAGUGCCUUCAUAUUUAAAGGAUGAGCCUCCAGCAGAUACCAAUAAGGACCACCCCCAGCCUCAACCAGGCAUGUUUUCCAGAGUAACUGGAGGUCUUUUCAGUGUCACCAAAGGGGCUGUUGGGGCCACUGUUGGAGGGGUGGCCUGGAUUGGAGGGAAGAGCCUGGACAUCACUAAAACUGCUGUCACAUCUGUUGCUUCUGUUCCUGCCAUGGGGGUAGGCUUAGUAAAAGGCAGCGUGUCUGCUGUGGCUGGUGGAGUGACUGCGGUUGGUUCAGCAGUUGCUAGUAAAGUCCCCAUUGGAGGAGCCAAGAAAAAGGACAAGUCUGAUUGAAGUGGUUAAAUUGAUUGGAGGUACUAUCAUCAUCAUUGACUUUACUGCGUGACCCGUUAGUGGGUUGAUGGUUGGUUUCUUAUUGUGCAACACAUGUGCUGGGACCGAAUCCAUCUACUAGAUCUGGUCUACAAGACAGUGACUUCAGUAUGCUGGGAGCAUUCAUCUGCUCCUCAGAAGAGGACCUCUAUUUUGUGUGUCAUAAGUGAUGUCUUGUGGGGUGUGACAAGGAGUGAAUAUCGUGUUCCAAGAAAUGCCAAAGAUGUUUUCCUUUUGUGAAGUAUUAGUUCAGCGAGUGUAGAGGUUUGGAAAUCUGUGUGAGGGACCACUGUUACACUGAUGUCAGGUUCCGCCCAGCCACACUGCACCAGGCUUUGUGUCAUUGACACUAAACUCAAGGAAUUCACAAGGAAUCCACUUGUAGCAGAGCCCUAUGGCCAAAUUAACGCAAGCAAAGUGUUGGAUUAAGACAGACAUCAGUUGGGUGCCCCUGAAGGUACUGUAUGAGAAAAUCUGACACUGUGGGGCUUUGAUGGCACCGUUCCAUCUGUUGGAUUGAUUUUGUUUGCGAGAUUGCCGCCUCUGGGGUCCAAGCUGAGCCAUGAUGCCCUCUCACACAGCUUUGCUCAUCACUCUCUCGCAUCAUCACCUGCAACCCAGAAAAAUCCCUGAGCCUACAAACAUACACACACUCACACUCAAACAGGCUAUUGUGAAUGUCUACUAUGCAGUGAAACAGCAGCUGAAAAGUUUCAUUUUUCCUAUGAAAAUCUAAAUGCUGGUAGCUGUAAGAAAAACAAAUGUUUUGUUUUUUUAGAUGUUUUUCUUUGGAAUUUAAAGCUAUAGAAGGUUGAAGAUAAUGCCCAGAAAAACAGUGGAUUGCUUGUUUGCUCAACCCGUGGAGUGAAGGCUCUCUGUAAGGGCUGAUUUAUUUGACUGUACCAGUGUUUUCUUCCUUGCAGAAACAUUCCUAGUUGCCUUACAUAUUUUGUCUCACUUAUUUAACAUUUCAAAUUUAGUUUUACAAGCCAAUACCAGUUCCUGGUUUUAUAUUUUGAUAAAGUAUGAAAAAAACAGAGGCAGUAUUUUUUUUCCAGUGUGUGUUCAGUAUCUAUUUUGCUACAGCCAAAGAAAGCAAAUAUGUAGUGUGAAAUAUUUCUUAAAUGCAUUAAUAUUGACCCUUUGUAUGGUAAACUAUGUAUUCUCUCUUUGUUUUUACCAAUAUGUUUAUUCUUUGUACACACAAAUAUGAAAGUCUGCGCUUGGAAAUGUAAUGUGAAUUCAAUAAAUAAAUAAAGAACAUUCCAAAAA